GGGCAGCGCUGGGUUUGAUUGGGACUGUCUGGCUGCCUUGAGCUGCUCCACUUCGGUACAUCGUGGAGAGAUGGCGUCGCUGUCAUCUCCUCUGAGAGCCUGUAGAGGAAUAUUGAAAGAGUUACGUGCCAUUCAAGGGCCGAGUUACAAACAGUCGCUGGCUUAUAACUACGUCAUAGAUCAGUUUCGCAAGAAUAAGGUUACAGGGGAAAGGUACUGCAGAGCCCAGCAGGAGGCGUACCACGCCUCGCUCACAUACCUGUGUUUGCUGACGUCCACCAGGAACCACCUGGCCCUCCACAACCUCUACCAUGGCAAGGGAGAGCGCAGCCCAGAAGAAGUGGCCGGCCUGGUGGGGCUCAGGCUGCCCACGCAGCCAGGAGGGAAAGGCUGGGAGAAGUAGGGACAGCGGAAAGUCAGUCUGCGGGAGAAAAUCAGGAAACGCUCCUGGAAUUACAUCUAUAUGGACAGUGGAUGGAUCGGCUGCCUUCAUGUAACUUAAACUCUAGGAGUUUGCUUGUUGUGGCAUUGUGGACUGAGGGAACUUGUUCUUCAUUCUCCUGAGCAACCGUCGUUCGAAACGAGGGGGGAAAAAAUGUGAACUCAUAAAAUUAAAAAAUAAAAACGUCAGCUAAAAUAUAAAACUUGUUAAAACCUUUGUAUUCAAUAGCAGCACCUCAAAAACACUGAAUAUCCCAUUAUGUGGUGUAUGUCUACUCAUUUAAAGGUAAUCCUAUAAAUGGUGAUUAAUACUUGACUGUAUGUAAAUAAAACUUAUUUGUUUUUUUGAAGUUGUGUGUAAAUGUGCACAUGAACAAACAGGCUAAAAUAAAUGACCAUCAAUAUUUA